UUCUGUGACUACUCAGCACUGUAUUUAUCCAGUUAAUAAAAUUACAAUCAUCUGAAUUUUAUUACAUCCAUUGAAAAAGGCAAUUGUUGUACUUUAAGCUCUUUUAAAUCUAUUGAUCGAAUGAAAAGAAAUUGUAAAGAUUGUAGUGCAAAAUGGCGUAGUGCUACACAGUAAAAAAUGUUAUACGGGCGAUCUUUUGUGUAGUAUAGUUAUCAAGAGUACGCCGGAAAGAUGCUAUAGCCUUUUUCGUUUAGUGAUACGCUGCAUAGUUGAAGACGAUUUAGUGAAGCGAAUUUAGUUUAUUAGACAGACCAUUUUGAAUAACCAUGGCUGACGCGGACCGUUAUGAUGAUGUGUGGAAUCGGGUGAAGCAAUACAUCCCAUUCCUACAAGAGUUGAUCAGCUAUUACAAGAAUGAUAGCCACCAGAACCGAGAGCAGCAGCUGCAGAAGAUCAUAACCAUUUAUGAUCUGCUCACAAACCAAAGAUUGAAUUAUCAGUCCUUGUGCAAAUGCGAGAAUGUGCUGAUCAAGCUACACAAAACGAACCCAUUGCAAAAGAAGGCGUCUUCGACAACCGCCAAACCUACGAAUGAACCAGAUACUCCGGCCUCCCCCGGUGAACCGGAAGCUCAAAACGAAUCCGAUCAGCAGGAUCGAGAUUCUUCGGAUAUCUCAGAUGGUCCUCCUGGUUUGGAAUCGGGAACACCGACAAAGGAUAAAGAUCAAUCCGAAUCAGGUGAAGCUCCUCCUCUUCCGGAUACACCCGCCGAGCCGGACACCCCAGCAGGACCAGACAGUCCAGCCGAGCCGGAUAUCCCAGGCGUACCGGACACUCCGGCUGAACCAGACUCUCCGGAUGAGCCAGACACUCCAGCUGAACCGGAUGAAAUGGUUGAUUCGCAAAAUAGCCUGGAACCGUUGAGUCCAGAAACAGACAGUGAAUACUGGGAUGAUCCUCCACCAAGGAGUAGCAAACCUGAUAAAGCGAGCCAACCUCCACUGUCAUUGGAUGAGAUUCAGAGACUGAUUACAAGCAAACCAGAGCCAAGCGGUGCACGGACCGGGAAUAAUCUUUCAAAGGUUAUCAAUGAUACUUUGAAGGUUCUGUCCAAGGACUUCCAAAGGCCAACCUUCACCGAUCAUGACCGUAAUCCGUCACCACCAACCGAAGAUUCACAUAAUAUUCGCAAUCGCAACGUUCCUUACUCGCCCACAUAUCCACCGCAAAUUUCCCCUAACCAACCGUUCUCUGGUGGCCCAUGGGAAACAAAUAGCGAUGGAUUCGGUGCCUUCCCUCAUCCAGUGAAUAAUUCGUUCCGUAACAUUCCUACUCGAACAAAUUCUCCCCCGCUGUACCGCCGUCGAGAUGAUAUGCUUUCGCAAAUGGAUCUACGUUUCCAAAACGACAUGAUGGACAUCUCACCACCCUACGUUUCACCGUCGGACGGUCGAUCCGUAGUUGGCCCUCCUGCAUCGGUUUCCAGCAUCAAAGAUCCUCGACUGAGGAAAGCAGUCGAAAGCAACAUGCUCCUACAUUCCCCGGAUUCGCCAGGGUCCGCCUCAUCACCCUUCUUCCCGACGGUGAAGCCAAAUGAUCCAAGAUUCAAUCGGACCAAUCCCAACCUUCCACCUCCGAAUGAGUUACCUAAAUGCAUUGCUCCAAACCCCAAUCUACCGCUGGAGUCUGCCAAGAAGGAACCUCCCAAACGGCGUUUAAGCAUCUGUGUGAACCAGGUCAUUAUCGAGGAAAUACCACCUGAACCAAUUAUUCCUCUGAGGCAAUUCCCACAACGUCGCCAAAGCAUUUGCCAUGAAUUCAACAGUAACCGAAACAAUGAACCAUUCCACGGCACAUCGUUUCUCCCUCCAGGCUCAGCACCACCGCUGCCGCCAAUGAUGCCACCGCCUCCUCAACCAAUGGCACCGUUGAUGGGUCAGCCUAUUCCAUCGCUAAUAAAUUCGCAUGCUAUGCACAUUCACCCUCCACAAUCGAUUCCUGCGAUGCAUCCCCCGGAACCGCUCUCGUUAGCCGAUCGGGAUCCUCGGAGGAAGCAUAUGCAGCAUGGCAAUGAGUUCCUGAAACCUCUCCCAUCACAACCACCACAGCCGCCACAUCACCAUAUCGCACAUCCGGCAAAUCGGUUUGAUCGUCCCAUUCCGGGACCCAGCAAGGCGCCGUCUACAUAUCUGGAGCAUCGCCGCCAGAGAGAAAUGAACGAGAAGCAACAGAGGGAACAUAAGAAGUCGAUGCAUUCGGAGGGGGAUAAGGGAAGUGGUGGUAAGGAGAAGCCGCCAAAUCAACAAAAAGAUCAGAAACACCAUCAUGGCAAGGACAAGCGGCAAAACGAAGAAAUUGACAUAACAAUUGGUAUGAUUCCAAACAAAAACCGUGUUUCCGCAAAAGCAUACGCAAAACCAGCGAAAUCUUUUAUACCGAAAGAACGUCACUUCGCUCCUUCAGCGAAGGAUAAACACCAAAAAUUUCCAUCACACAAAUCACACAAAUCGGAAUCCUCCUCAACAUCACAUAGGUCGGAUAAGAAGCACGAUGAAUCGGAGAAAGAAAAAAUUAAAGCUGUGCCCAAGUCCAAAGACCUUUUCGGCGAGCAACUGUCCCAAUUCGAUAAAAUGUACCGCAGUGGUGAUUUUGCCAAGAAGGCUGCCCCUGCGUCCGGAAUUGGUGGCUUCAAGAUUCCAAAAAUCAAGCGCAUUGAAAAGCCUGAACCUCCGACUAAGCCAAACGUGCCACCUCCACAUAGCAACCCUCAGCAAGAUAAGUUCAAGAAAGAUAAGCAGAAGCAAAAGGCGAAAAGUAAGUCGCCAGAACCGACGAACACAAUGGACGACGACGAUGAUAUGUGGGAUACCGAUAGUAGCGUCAAGCCGCCUGUUGAAAGCAAACCACAUACGGAGGAAGCGAAAGGCAAUAAUAAGAAAAAAGAGACUCCGGCUACAAUUCAGUCGCUCGAAGAUGACGAUUUUUGGGAUGCAGAAUCAAGCUUCAAUGCUAGCGACUCGAACUUUAAUUCCUCGGCUGCCAUGGACACGUCAACCAACAGUACAGAGCCAGCUGAUGUUGAAGAUAAACCAAAGGAUGAAGAUAAGCCGAAAGAAGCAAUCGAGGAACCACCGAAAGUUGAGUUCCAGGUUCCGACCUUACCGGCUCCUCGUAGAAUACUACGUCGGCGGAACUCGGUAGCGAUCCAUAACAACGAACCGGAGACGUGGAACAAACCCCCCGUGCCGUCAUUGGUUCUACCGCCACGAAUUACCAGGCGUCGCAACUCAAUCGCUGUAUCGAACGCUGAAGACCAUAACAGAAAUACGGAAAAGGUUGAGAAGGAACCCGCACUGCCGGCGAAACCGAGUAACGAACAGCCAGAGAUGGAGGUAGAACCAGAGGAAGUUGUACGACCGCGCCGAACUCGUAAGCGAAAGGUUAUAGUCGACGAUGACGCAGUAGAAAGUCCAAAUACGGAUAUUGCACCGAAAAUGGAUGGGUCGGCGGAUACGAACACAAGCCAUGGCGAUAGUGAGGAACGAAACACAUCAGUAACUGUAGCAGCAACAGAGGACCAUAGCGAUAACGUCGUUUCAAGCACUACCAACGAUACGACGGUUAAGAAGCGUAGAGGACGCAAGAAGAAAGAUCCGCUCGAAGCAGCAAGUGAACAAAAUGCUUCGAGCGAUACAAGUCAGAUUGAUUCGAACGACCAGAAAGAAUCGCCUCAGGAAGAAUUACCCGCAAAGGUGGGUAAUGAUAGCGUGUCGGAGAAGAGUGUUGACCAAACCGAAGAGCAGCUUAGCGAAACUGCCAAGGAAAUUAAGGAAGAACAGGAGAACAAGGAAAUGGUAGAAGGUUUGAUGAAGAUAUCGAACAACAAGGCGCAACUACUAGCAAUGUUAAGUCAAAUGUUGGACGAGAAGAAACUGAAGAAAAUUCAAGAAAUUAUCGACAGUCCCAAUGAUAAACUGUCGGAUGAUAAACCAUCUGUCGCCGGGAAGAUUGAUGAAACGGAUAGUGCACCCGGAAGCAGCCGAGAGUCUACGUCGGUAAUAAGCUCCACGAACGAUGUUGUAGAAAAGAAGAAACAAACACCGAAGGCAAAGAAGUCAGAAUUGGACAAGCUCAACGAGGAUAUUGCUGAAAUGUACAUCAGAGACGGUGUGCUGAGCGCAACAGGUCGCAGAAGUUGCACCAGGCGACAUGAUUUUGUAGCACCGGCACCGAGAACAGUUUCCACUAGGAAGUCCGCAAACGCCACAGUAAUAGUGGAUGAAAAACCAUCCAUCGCAUUAGAAGCUAAAGCGGCUCCGGCAAUCGUAGAAAAACCUACCACCGCUAAAAAAGUAACCUCCACAAUCGUUAAAUCGACUCCAGUGCAGAAAGUUCUUCAGAAAGGCAUGGAACUCGACCUUGCAGAUAGAAGCCUCAUGAAGCCAUUGAAAGUGGUUAUCCAGAAGAUCGAUUCGUCUCAAAUGGGAAUAUUGUCGAAUCGAAAACGCAAAAUCGAGGACGAUCUCACCUCGAUUGCAUCCAGUGCAACGUCGCUUUCGCCGAAAUCCAAGCGGAAGAAGAAAAGUAUUUGGGCGAGCGGCACAAUACAGAGGCGUAAGAAAAAAGCAGACGUUAAGCCAUCGGUUGUAUCUCCUUUGAAGUCUUACGCUGCUAAGCCAUUGACCAAGAAUGUCACUCGCGAUUUGAACUGUAGGAGCGAUAAAUCCAAGUCCUGUGCACUGUGCUCUUAUACUGGUUCCAUGUCCGGGAUAGUCCAGCACUAUGUCCGCUAUCAUCCAUUACACGAGGUGUAUGUUAGUCGGCUUUCCAGUAUGGUGGCCAACAAGCUCAAGAAAGACCCAACAAUUGUCAGCGGCAUCAUUGAAGAUCAGAACAUCACAUUCAAAUGCCUGUUCUGCCAGGAAGUGCUUUGUAAGAAAAAAUACAACUGGAAAAUGCAUUUGGCCAGCCACACUGGGGAGUACAGGUACAAGUGUACGAACUGCACCAUAAAAUCUUUGGCGCCCAGCACCAAUGCCCAUGAUAGUGAAUGCAGUACUCCAGCGAUGGAGGUCGUGAAUGACGUCAUGUUCGAGGGCAACCACAUUUACGGUUACAUGUGUCGGUUGUGUAAUUAUGUACAGCUGACGCGAUCCAGAUUAGAGGCACACCUGAAAGAGGAACACGGCCGAAAUCUGACCGGAAAAGGUACUCUCAAGUUCAGCAUUUUGAACUAUGACGAAGUGAUUGAUCACUCAAAGUCGCAAGAGACGCUCGAAUCUGAUAUUUCAAUGCCGGAGCUGACUCCCCAGGCAUCAGCGCCCAGCCAAACAGACAUGUCCGCCUUUAUCUCGAGUGCCAAUGAUGAAAUCGAAUCUCUCAAAGUUCUCAACGAUCGUAAUUUUGUAUCGCCUUCAAAGCCUUCGAUUAUCGACAAGCUGAAGCAGAAUUUCGACGAAAUUGACCGCAAAGAUGCUGUUGCAGAAAAGAAGAAGACUUCGAAGGGUGAUGAGGAUGAAUGGGAGGACAUUGAUACACCCCCCAAAGAAACGCCGACAAAAAAGAAGGCUACACCCAAACGGACCGAAAAGGUCAAACGCUCGUUGGCUAGAUCAACGUCACCGUCUCAGAACAUUCCGAUGCCGACUCCACUUGCGAUGAAGAAUGAAAAGGUGGACAUAUUUGAAAAUAAGCAGCUGGUGGCAAACGUCGGCUUCAGUAAUACAAACGGAACGAUCUGGUACUUGUGCUUGAUAGGAGACUGUAAAUUCGCCACCGAAAAGCGACCAGAGAUGUACUGCCACGUAGAGGAACAGCAUGGUUCCAUUGUUUGGGACGGGUACUGCUACCUUUGUACGGCGCAAGUUUCAACCGAAGAAACCAGUCCUUUGAAAAAGGAGGUGAAGCAUAUGGCAGUUAUCCACAUUAAGGAUAGGACCGCCUUCGAAGAGCUCAAUGAGCAUGAUGUGGCCAGUGUGGCGUUAAAGUUGCUAGAGGAAGAACAAUCGACAUUGAAGCUGCGUCGAUUCUCUGGCGACAAACUUUCAAUGGGUACCACAGAAGGCCCCAUCAAUAUCAAACCGUGGCUGGAAAAACCAACAACGAAGAACCGUGACCAUUGCGUGAACAUGUUGGAACCACGAAGCUUGUACUGUUUCUUCAAAUGUAUGGGCACCGGGUGCUGCUUCACCACCACCGUCGAGGUGUCGAUGGAGAAGCACAUCGAUAAUCACGAACUGGUGGGAGACGUCACCGGUGCGGCCGUGAAAAGCUGGCUCGAAUGCCCAUAUUGUGAUGUGCUGACCGAAGAUCGAACCGAUCUGUUGCGGCACUUGCGGAUCGUUCACAGCAAUAGUGCGUAUCAGUGUACCUAUUGCUUCUACCGGAGUCGCGAGGCGUACAACGUGAUACUGCAUCAGAAGCUUCACCAUGGCAAAGAGAAGCCGCAGGUGCUGGUGAAUGAAGUGGACAAACGGCCUCUAACGGCAGCGGACUACGAACGGCUGAAUAGGCGCCCGAUUGACAACAUUCUGCCGUUGAUUUGUACAGUUUGCAAUGCCGAAUACUGCGUGUUGGAUGCCUUUAUGUCGCAUCUGAAGGAUGAUCAUCCAGACGUUACAACGAUCGUGUGCCAAUGCUGUAAAGAGAACAUCCAAAAGUUGAAAAUUCCACGUCACCUGUUGUUGCACAACAUCGGCAUCUACGAGUGCAUCUAUUGUCAUUUCGGCAGCAAUACGAUGGAUGCCGUACAGACCCACGUCUGCAAUCGGCACCCACAGGAGCCACUGUACUGCUGUAUCCGGUACAACAAAACACCGGGGAAGGUUAAGGAAGCAUCACUGAAAUCGUUAUACGAGAUGCCCGUAGAUGAAAGCACAAUAGUCAAAUGUACAUUUACAAGCGAGGAACUGAAUUACAAAUCAACGGACACAAAGAGUAAUCACGAUAUAAACUUUACCGGAAACGCGAGUGUAAUCCCGUUGCAGUUGCCCCCCAUCCGCUUUGGUGAUACGAAUAUUUUCUUGAGUGCUCAGAUUCCAUCGACGUCAACAGCGACGACAUGUAAUGAGUCGGUAGUGGUUGCCGGGAACACGGCGGAAGUCGUCAAGAUGCCAAUGAUAUCGGCCGUGUCCGGCGGUGUUUCAUUGUCAGGUACGACGACAGCUGUACCGAUCAUCACCGCUGUCCAGGGGAACUAUCAAGAACCUUCCACGUCGACCAUUAAAACACCGCAAGCACCAAUGGUGAUGCCUGUGAUAUCACAGGUAGUGGGAGGGGCUAGCGUUCCAUCCGUCAAUAUGCCUAUCAUUACCAGAGUAGAAGGUGGUGUCGGCGAUGUGGCCACAUUGAGAUCCGCUUCCUCCUUGGUAGGUACCAAAAUAAUAAUUUCGCCGAAUAAGGGCUCCGGUGUUCCAAUCAUUACUAACGUCUGUAGUAUUGGUCCUCCGAAUAAUCAGGUCCAGUCACCCAAGGAGGACGACGCGAUUAUGCUGGAAGCGGAACGUGUUGCAAUGGAGAUGAUAAAGGAUACCGGUUUGCCAAAGAACGUCAUCUACAAGUGCGUCUUCAAAGGUUGCAACUCGGUUCUACCGGAUGGAAUUGGAAUGCGAAAACAUUUAACUUUCUCACAUUUGCCAUCCACUCAGUACAUUUGCAGUCACUGCAAAGGCAAGCCAUCGUUCCAGAAUGUGAUGUCCUUUACACAGCAUCUCAAAACUCACGAGGCACAACGCAUUUUCUGCUUCAUGUGCGACUAUAAGGGCUCUUUCCCGCCCGAAGUGAUCAAACAUGUAAAGGACGUGCACAAAACUAGCAAGCCUACCAUUCUGUUCCUGAACCCGAAGAAGAACGACCCCAAUAAUGACAUCAUUUUGUUUGCCCCGGGAAUUCCAACCGAUGCGGAGCGAAAAGCAUACUACAAAAAGUUAAUCGAUUUGUACAACCACAAAUUGCAAGCUGCUCUCAUACAUCUGAAGACCCGAUUUGCACCGGAUGAAUGUGAAAGUCUGCCGAAACAAGCGAUAUUCAGUCAGACAGUAUUCUGUAGCAAAUGUCAGUACAGCACCAAAGUAAGGUUGAACAUGUAUCGGCACUUGAAGGGUCAUCUGAAUGAUAUGCCCGUUUCAAACAUGGAUCCUAAGAAUCCGGUACCAUGCUGGGGUCAGGGUGAGAAACAUUUCGAUCGCAUGAGAAACCCUGCCGCCAGUUCCCAAGAGGAUGACGACCUUAUUCAAUCGUUGUGCUUCGUUCAGGAGAACAAGCGCUACAUCUGCGGGGCCCCGGAUUGUCGUUAUCUGACCAUCAACGAGACCAUGCUGCGGAAUCAUCUGAGCACACUACAUGCCGAUGUCAAAGAAUACAAAUGUCCCCAUUGUCCAGCGGUGCAGAUUUUCUCGGCGCAACUUAAUGUGCCAAAAGUGCUGGAACAUCUGAAACUACACGACAAGGAGCUGUACCGAUGCAGCAAGUGUAGUAUUUUUAUGAACAAAAAGAACGAAAUCGACCAACACGUUAACGAUAAGCAUCCAUCGCAAAAUGCUUCGGUUUACGUGAUUCGAGAUGGGAGCACUGCCGGCAGUGCUGCAACCGUCGGAAUGUCCGAAGAUGGCAUUGUAUUCAAAUGGAAAUGUGACGUCUGUAAGUUCAAGAGUCCUUCCCUAAGCGAGAUGAAACUACACAUGCAGGAAACUCACAGCAUUACUGCAAAGUAUCGAUGCUCUCGAUGUUUAUACAGCUGUUCGAAUAAGUCAGCAUUCACAACGCAUUUUGACCAGCAACAUCCGGGAUGUGAAAUUGUUAUAAUUUCACUGUACAAAGCGAUAGAAGGUGACGAUAGCCGAGCGGACACAACUCCUCUUUGGCGAAGGGAGACCAGCAAGACUCGAAGCAUUCGAGGCAUUCUCCUGGAGGAUGAAGAUGAAGACGAAUAUGAACAAAUUCCUUCGGAGAUGGCCCAAAUGGCAGCAGAUUCGCAACCGGGACCAAGUGGAGUCUCCAUUCCUCGGAAGCGCAAAAGCACCGAAAACAGCGAAACGGGAAUUUCUCCGAAGAGAGUAAAAGAAGACAGCUACAAUUCAGCGGUUAGAGCUUUUAAGUGCGGCUUCAAAGGUUGCAACUACGUGAACGACUUUGGUGCCGGAAUUGUGUCACAUUUCCGUUCUGCCCAUCCCAAUGAGAAACCAUCCGUAAUAAAGAAUGCACUUGCUAACUCUGAACAGUCGCGGUUCGACUACUUCAUGAAAUACGCUUGUUUCUAUUGUGUUAAGAAGUCGGACACCAUACAAGAUCUGCUGGCGCACUGGAGACAGAUACACAAAAUUACAGGCCGCCGCAGUCAGGAUAAACCGUUCCUAUUCCGCACGUCCAAAAUCAUCCUGUGCUUCUAUUGCCGAAAGGGAGCAGUAAUGCCCGAAAUGAAAUCGCACUUCAUCUCCAAUCAUCCGGGUCAUCAACCGAUCUAUCUCGAUUUCCGCAACCCGAGACGUUGUGCCGAAUGCGAGUUCACGAUGGGAUUGGACAAACAAGAAAUGAUUGCUCACUUCGCCAAAGAACACACAAAAGAAAACGAGUAUGCAAAUGGGUGGAUAGAUUUUCUAACCGAUGAUGUUGUGGACAAAAUUCUUCAACUGAACAACGUUGUUUAUCGUUGUGAGAAGUGCGACUUUAUUACCGACAACAAAACCGACUUCACCAUCCACUAUGCCACCAAACAUCCCGGCUUACGCGUCGAGUUCAACGAAUACGAAAUGGAGAAAAACAUCGUCUACUAUUGUGCGUUCAAUAACUGCAAAUCCAGCCACAACUCCCCGCAAGCGUUGGCAAUGCACAUAUCUCAACACAUGCCGCUAUUUAAGUGCAUGUGCAACAUACAGCAGUGUUCGGCCCAGUUCCGGACAUUCACGAUGCUGCUGCAGCACUUCAACACAACUCACCCGCUGCACGAUCACCAUUAUGCUUUGAAAACCCCGGAAGAGUACAAAGCGGUGCUACGAUCGAUCAACAUCCAGUUCUGGAAUGGCUUUGUGAUGACGCUGGAUGAUGCGAGGCGUGCCGGCAACCGGUACGGAAGCUACAACCACUUUUUCAAGCACAUUGACGAGCUGUGUGCCCAAUCGGUGGCCGAAGCCCUCCCAACCAGCUAGAUUUAAGUUCUUGUUUCGACCUAUAUCAUGCAAGAUGAGGUGCCACAAACAAAUCACUUCAGUAGGUACAGCUUAUUAAUAGUAGAUAAAAGAAUGCAACAAAGAAACCCAGAAGAAACCAUUAAUAUCACCAUCCCUGUCCGUAUGCGACGUAUACCGUGUGGUUAACUACCAAUAGGUAAAUUGAAUCUAUUCACCAAGUAUAAUAUUAUUUCAAAUACAUUAUCUUCUAUUUCUGUUCUUUGUUAAAAAUUGACAUAGUUUAAUAAGUGUCAAGGUAAAAAAAACAAUAUGGAAUUGCAAUACAUACAAUACCGCUCUAUAUUAACCACAA